GCUGGGGCGCUAAUCUGAUCGGCAGAGCAGUCUUGCAGUGACAAUGAGACUGUUUACUGCGGCUCUCUUCGUCCAGUUCUGUUUCCUAUUGCACGUGCGGGAAAAUGUGGCCACCCCUACUUUUCCAAGCGCGUUUUCCUCGCGUGUCGAAAUGGGAAUCAAGGACUUCUUGUAUGGAAUUCUCGGUACUAACGAGAGGGUCCAAGCAAGACGGCAAGCUGCUAAAAGACUCCAGAAAAUCCAGACGGAGCUAAACAACGUCCCAUUUCCUUGCAGUGACCCUUCAAAGUAUCGGUCUGCAAAAAAGCCGACUUCUGUUCAUCAGUUGAUGCCUGGCGAUAUAGACGUAAUCGCGGCUUUGGGAGACAGUUUAACCGCGGGUUUUGGCGCCUCUGCUUCAACCCAGUUACAGGUCCCCAUUGAGAAUCGAGGACUUGUGUGGAGCAUAGGUGGAGACGGAUCUUGGAGGAGCGUCCUUACGCUGCCAAACAUUUUGCGUCAGUUCAACCCUGAACUGGUGGGCUUUUCAACUGGCGAUGGGCCAGCUCACGCGUAUUCUGCCGGUUUUAACGUGGCUGAAGGAGGUGCCACCUCAGAUGAUCUCGCCUUCAUGGCCAAGGUUCUGGUUAAAAGGAUCAAAUCGCACCCGAAAGUGAAUUUCCAGGAGGAUUGGAAGCUUGUUACACUUUUGAUCGGAAACAACGAUAUAUGCCUGGAGAUGUGUUACUCGGAACAACCCCAGGAAAUGGCAGCCAGGUUCAAGAAAAACUUGAUCAACGCAUUGGACUACUUAAGGGAUAACAUGCCUCGCACUCUCGUCAAUUUUGUGGCAUUGGGACGUAUUGAUUUACUUCUGAUGCAAAUGAAACUGCCUUUGUCAUGCUACGCGCCGCACAGAAUCUUCUGCCCUUGUCUUUUUGGACCAAGAUAUGACAGAAGCAAGAAUUUAUACUCAGACAUUGUCCACGCCAUGACAAAUGUUUCUUUGGAAGUGGCAAAUGAUGGCAGAUAUGACGGAUUGGACAAUUUCGCAGUUGUGUCCCAGCCCUUCACAACGCGGCUGAUUUUUCCAACACGCAUUAACAACUUUGGCCAUAAUAUGACGGAUAUUUCUCUAUUGUCACCUGACUGUUUUCAUUUGAGUCAGUCUGGAUACGCCAGAGCUGCGAAUGCACUGUGGAACAACAUGUUGGAACCCGUUGGAGAGAAAUCAAUGGACUGGGCGGACGUGCUGACAAAAUUCAACUGCCCUUCAGAGUCUUGGCCAUACAUUUACACCAGGAUAAAUACUAACAGUGUUCGAUUGAAGAGAAGUGGAGAGAAUACCUCAAUGAAAAUCAACGAAAAAAAUAAUUAUUAAAUAUCGGCGAUUUUUCAUUUAGGAGAGCGAAAUAUCAAGUUGUAAAUAUUAUUGUUCAUCUAGAUAGUUAUCUCCUAUUAGCUAAAAAUUGUUGAAUGAAGUUUUAUGUUAUUUACAAAAAAAACUGUAAAAAUUUCAUAUACAUUUUCCAAAAACCUGAAGUUACCCAUUCAAAAUAAUAGAACAUUAUAAAAAUAAAACUAUUUUUUAUAAAAAAUAA